AUUGAUACAGCUGAACAUAAAUGUCAUCAUGUCUAUCAACAAAUUACACUGAAUGAGAAUGAAAAAAAAAAUUUAAUUAUUAUAGGUGCAGAUACAAUGUGUUCAUUAGAUAAUGUUGUCUAUGGAAAACCAUGUGAUAAAAAAGAUGCUUUUCGCAUGCUUAAAGCGUUCUCUAAUAAUACACAUCAAGUGUGUACUGGUGUUUGUAUUCUACAAGGAGAUAUGACCCUAAAGACAUUUUUUGAAACAACUGAUGUUACGUUUGGUUUAAUCGAUGAUGAGACUAUUCGAGCCUAUAUUGAAACAGGUGAACCAAUGAAUAAAGCAGGAGCUUAUGGCAUACAAUCGUUGGGUGCAACAUUGGUCAAGAAAAUAGAUGGUGACUAUUUUAAUGUAGUUGGUUUUCCAAUUUAUCACUUUUGUACACAAUUGAAGGCGUUACUUAAUAAUGAAAUUAAAUAA